AUAGUAUAAUGUGUGCGUGGCAGCCACAGUCCACACUGAGCAAUCUCUCUUCUCCAUCCAUCAACCAUCACCACCCAAGUCCCUAUUCAAUUCUCCCCUUCACCUUUUUGGCCUUAUCUCUCCCCAUAAUUCAACUUCAUCGAAACCCUACUUCUGUUCAGUUCACUUCAUCUCCCUCCGGUGUAUGCAUUCCACGUCAUGACCACGUCGUUUGCCCUAUCCGGCACCGCCAUCUCCAACGACCUCAAGCUUCAACCCUCCACCAGCUUCACCGGCUUCAACUUGAAGAAGAAGAGCAGCUCCAAUUCACUCCUGCUCACCAAAAGCUUUCGUGUUUCUCGUUACCUCUCGCAUUCCACCCCCCCUAUCACUUCCUCCAUCAGAGCCGUUAAGACGCCAGUAAACCCUCAAACCUCUGCUGAACCUAAGCGUAGUAAGGUUGAAAUAUUCAAAGAACAGAGUAACUUCAUUAGGUAUCCUCUCAAUGAGGAGAUUCUUACGGAUACACCCAACAUCAAUGAGGCUGCUACCCAAUUGAUUAAGUUCCACGGGAGUUAUCAGCAAUAUAAUAGAGAUGAACGCGGGACAAGGUCGUAUUCAUUUAUGCUCCGGACAAAGAACCCUGCCGGAAAGGUCCCAAACAAGCUCUACUUGGUCAUGGAUGAUCUUGCUGACGAAUUUGGAAUUGGAACUCUUCGCUUGACAACAAGGCAGACAUUUCAGCUGCAUGGGGUCUUGAAGAAAGACCUCAAAACAGUGAUGGGUACCAUCAUCAGGAAUAUGGGCUCUACUCUUGGCGCAUGUGGUGAUAUCAACAGAAAUGUACUUGCCCCAGCAGCCCCUUUUACAAGUGAAACUUAUUUGUUUGCUCAACAAACCGCUGAAAACAUUGCAUCACUUUUAGCUCCUCAGUCUGGGUUUUAUUAUGAUGUUUGGGUGGAUGGAGAGAGAUUUUUGUCAGCAGAAAGUCCUGAAGUAGUGAUGGCUAGGAAUGAUAAUUCUCAUGGAACAAACUUCCCCGACUCUCCUGAACCCAUUUAUGGAACUCAGUUCUUGCCAAGAAAAUUCAAAAUUGCAGUUACUGUGCCAGGAGAUAACUCUGUGGACCUCUUUACAAAUGACAUUGGUGUUGUGGUUGUAUUAGAUGAUGAAGGAGAGCCUCAGGGUUUUAACAUAUAUGUUGGUGGUGGUAUGGGACGAACUCAUAGGGUUGAGACCACAUUUCCUCAGUUAGCCCAGCCAUUAGGCUAUGUACCAAAAGAGGAUGUACUUUAUGCAGUGAAAGCUAUUGUUGUUACCCAAAGAGAAAAUGGGAGAAGGGAUGAUCGCAAGUAUAGCAGGUUAAAAUAUUUGCUUAGCUCAUGGGGGAUUAAGAAGUUUAGAACUGUUGUUGAACAGUACUAUGGUAAAAAAUUUGAACCCUGCCGUGCUUUACCUGAUUGGGAAUUCAAGAGUUACUUGGGCUGGCAUGAUCAGGGUGAUGGUACUUUCUUUUGCGGUCUUCAUGUUGAUAGCGGUCGGGUGCAAGGAGAAAUGAAGAAGACACUAAGGGAAGUUAUUGAGAAAUAUAACUUGGAUGUGCGUAUUACUCCAAACCAGAACAUUAUCCUAUGUGACAUUCAGCGUUCUUGGAGGCGCCCCAUCACUACAGCUCUUGCUCAGGGUGGUCUGUUGCUACCUCGAUACGUAGAUCCUCUCAACCUGACGGCAAUGGCCUGCCCAGCUUUUCCACUUUGCCCUCUGGCAAUAACUGAAGCUGAGCGCGGAAUUCCUGGAAUCCUUAAGCGGGUUCGAGUUAUGUUUGAGAAGGUUGGUCUUAAGUAUCAUGAAUCUGUGGUGAUCCGAGUAACUGGCUGCCCUAAUGGCUGUGCCAGACCAUAUGUGGCUGAACUUGGCUUGGUUGGUGAUGGUCCAAACAGUUAUCAGAUUUGGCUUGGUGGAACCACCAAUCAAACUUCAUUAGCAAAACCUUUCAAGGAUAAGGUUAAGGUUCAGGAUCUGGAGAAAGUUCUGGAGCCUUUAUUUUACCACUGGAAACGGAAGAGACAAUCAAGAACUGAGGCAUUUGGCGACUUCACAACCCGCAUGGGAUUCGAGACACUUGAUAAGUUGGUUGACAAGUGGGAUGGUGUCCCAGUGACAUCUCGAUAUGGCUUAAAACUCUUUGCUGAUAAAGAGACAUAUGAAGCUCUGGAUGAACUUGCAAGGCUUCAAAACAAGAAAUCCAAUGAAUUGGCGAUUGAAGUGAUUCGUAAUUUUGUUGCUUCCCAGCAAAAUGGCAAGGGUAAUAUUCCUAAACCCUGAAUAUGCUUCAUGGCUGUAAAAGAUAUAUAAUCCUUUCUCCCUCCUUCCUCAGUAGCUGUUACCCCAUGAUAACAUCGAAUGUUGAUACACAUUCCACUUCUAGCACCUUGAGGCUUUGUGUUUUUGUAAAUCUGCAUCUCUUUUGCUUUCCUUUUCUGACUUUUUUUUU